AUGCCUCCCAAGCAUAGAGACAGUCCAAAACGACUGGUUUACGAACGCCAUGGCUAUUCCUUCGGCGGCCCCUGGGUCAUCCUCCCCAUGAUCAUCGCCCUCCCGCUCCUGACAUGGAGCAUGGGAUUCCUCUGCAACGACGUCUCCGGGUGUCCCGUGCCGUCGCUGCUGCACCCGUCGCAAUUGACGCUCGAUAAGCUGAAGGAAGAGACAGGAUGGGCGGGCUGGUCGAGCUUGUUCAAUUGCGAGGCGUUCGCGCUCACCGUGGGAUAUUACCUCUUGAGUCUGUUUCUCUACGCCAUCAUCCCGGCGAACGAGGUCUCAGGAACGAUGCUGCGUUAUGGCGGGAGGUUGAGGUAUCGAUUCAAUGCUUUCUACUCCGCAUUGGCCACCCUGGCCGGCCUCGCAGCGUACACAGCAUACCACGGCAUCGAAGACGCUCCACUCUGGACCUUCAUCUGGGAGAACUACAUCCCCAUCAUGACCAGCAACAUCAUCCUCUCCAUCAUCUUCGCGACGUACACCUACCUCAAGAGCUUCGGCGUCCGACCACCGGGCAACCCCGAGCGCCGCGAACUGGCCUCCCACGGCCUCACCGGGAACAUGAUCCACGACUGGUUCAUGGGCCGCGAGCUGAACUCCCGAAUCAAGAUCCCGCUGAUUCCUGAGGUGGACAUCAAGACGUGGAUGGAGCUCCGUCCCGGGAUGCUCCUCUGGAUGAUUCUCAACGCCACAUUCGUGAUCCACCAAUACCGAACCUACCACUACAUCUCCUUCAGCAUGCUCUUCUCCGUCGGCACGCAGACUCUCUACGUUAUCGACUCCAUCUUCAUGGAACCCGCCAUCCUCACCACCAUCGACGUCAUCGUCGACGGCUUCGGCUUCAUGCUCUCCUUCGGCGACCUCGUCUGGGUCCCCUUCAUCUUCUCCCUGCAGCCGCGCUACCUGGCUGUGCACCCCGUCACCCUCACCUACCCGCAGAUCGCCCUCAUCUUCGCCACCGAAGCCCUCGGCUAUUAUAUCUUCCGCGCUUCCAACAACGAGAAAAACAUCUUUAGGAACAACCCUGAGGACCCCCGCGUCGCGCAUCUGGAGUACCUUGAGACACGCUCGGGGAGCCGGCUGCUGGUGAGUGGGUGGUGGGGGCGGGCGCGGCAUAUUAACUACUGUGGGGAUUGGAUCCAGUCGUGGGCGUACUGCCUCCCGACGGGGCUGGCGGGGUACGAGAUCGUGCGGAGCGCGGGCGGCGGGACGAGUGUGGAGGUAGGCGAGGCGCGGUAUUGGGGAAUGGUGGUGACGUAUUUCUACCUCGCGUACUUCGCGGUGCUGCUGGUGCAUCGGGAGCGGAGGGACGAUGCGAAGUGCCGGAACAAGUAUGGGGCGGAUUGGGAGGAGUAUUGUCGGCGGGUGCCGUAUCGCAUCAUUCCGUAUGUGUAUUGA